UUUAUAUCAAAUAAUCAAGUCAGGACUCCGGAGGUUCGAUGGCUGCUCGUCAGCCAAUAUGCUAAGGAAGUAAUCUCAGCCAAUAUCCAUGUACAAGUUCUCCCCAGCUAUAAUAAAUAACUAACUCGGGGGAAGAGCCUCUCUUCCAUCUGGAUUCCGAAAAAGAAACUAUCGUGCCGUUCGUCAUGCCCUCUGGUAUCAAGUAUCUAUAUGAACUUCUUCUUGGUGCAUACAUAGCUCGCAGAUUCGAGCAAUAUUUGGUAUUAUCAAGACUGCUCUCGAAUUUUCUCCUCCUCCUGUUCUUGCUCGCCCACAGUCUCUACCUCUCAGCUGCUUCCUUCAUUGCCUACCCAGUAUGGAACUCUUCCGGAGAACUCUCUUGCGAUGAUUCCAUAGUAGAGUGCGGAGGGAAGGAUAUGAAGGACUUCUAUCCUUUCAUGCGAGUUGACCCUCUCAGCGGAUCUUGUUAUCCUCAAAUCACUUGUUCACAAAAUAACGUUGUUAUGAAGAUCGGCUCGGUUGAAUAUCGGAUCAAUCACAUCGAUUACGAGAACCAAACUCUUGAGAUGGCCAUUGCUGAUUAUUGCUUGCCCUACGACCAAUUUCAGAUCAAUUACUUCUCGGAUGUCGAGUCUUUGUUCCGCUACACCGAGCACAACAUAUUGGUUUUACUGCUCUACAAUUGCUCAUCCCGGUUGCUGGGCUUGGAUGGUGUCCAUCAGCUCUCAUGCUCCAACGACAGUACUGGCCAAUAUUAUUACACUGCCAUGGAUCUUGGGUUCUUCGGCUCAGAAUGCGCAUCGGUUACCUAUGCCAUUGCGAAUCAGAAAAGUAUGGAUCAACCGAUCAAGAAAGGUGUUGACGGACUUAUGGCACUGGAAUUUGAGGUGACAUGGACACCGCAGGAUAGAAGGGGUUUUGGCGCGUGUAUCCAAUCUGGUGGACUCUAUAGGAGCCACCCAUUCCUGCAUGAUAUGGUCUUCUGUCAUUGCCUGGAUAGCUCUACUUAUCUUCACAUUUGCCCGGAUCAAAGAGGUCAUGCAAGCAAGAUUUCAGCAAAAAACAACAUUAUAGGUGGAAUUUUGAGUACAGGAAUCUUCCUAUUUGUAUGUGUCCUCUUAUUUUAUUUUUGUUGCGAUAGACAAUUGAACAUUGCAAUCUUUCAUGGGAAGAAUGGGUCAAGAAAAGAUCCAAAGCUAGAGGCCUUCAUCGAGAUGUUUGGGCACUUGGCUCCAAUGAGAUAUAGCUACUCCGAUGUGGAGAAGAUGACCUCUUGCUUCAGUCACAAAAUAGGUCAAGGUGGUUAUGGUGGCGUGUACGAAGGGAAGCUUGAUAAUGGUUGUCCAGUGGCGGUGAAGGUCUUGAAUAGUUCUAAAGGCAAUGGCAAAGAAUUCUUCAGUGAGGUUAUCAGCAUUGGUUGUACUUACCAUGUUAACAUUGUGAGCUUACUAGGCUUUUGUUUGGAAGGAUCCACAAGAGUUCUUAUAUAUGAGUUCAUGGCCAAUGGAUCGCUUGAAAAGUUCAUUUACACCAAGAAACAAGCAAUACCAAGCCUGACAUGGGAGAAGCUUUUGAAGAUUGCAAUUGGCAUUGCACGGGGCUUAGAGUACCUCCACCAUGGCUGCAACAUCGGAAUUCUUCAUUUUGACAUUAAGCCACAUAACGUACUACUAGACGAUGAUAUGCAUCCAAAAAUAUCUGACUUUGGGCUAGCUAAAUUGUGCCGCUCAGCGGAGAGCAUCAUAUCAAUGGUGGGUGCUCGAGGAACUAUAGGGUACAUUGCCCCCGAGGUCUUCUCGAAGAAAUUUGGAGGGGUCUCUAGCAAAUCCGAUGUUUAUAGCUAUGGGAUGCUAGUGCUCGAAAUGGUUGGGGGAAGAAGAAAUCUUGAAGUUCAAGUAGACAAUACCAGCGAGAUCUACUUCCCACAUUGGAUUUACAUGCAUCUCAACUUGGAUGGAAAUUCGAAAAUUUUCAGGGCCGUGACUGAAGUGGAAGAAGAGAUUGUCAGAAGGAUGAUUCUAGUUGGUUUAUGGUGCAUCCAAACGAAGCCAACAGAUCGACCCUCAAUGAGUAAGGUUCUAGAUAUGUUAGAAGGAAGAAUUAUAGAUUUGCAAAUUCCACCCAUGCCACUUCUAUCUUCCCCCUCAAAAUCAGCGGAGCAUUCUCUGACAAAUCGUUCUCAUGAAAUAGUCUCAAUGGUCACUUGUUAGAAUAGACUUAAAAGAUUUGACUGUAUAUUAACCAUGGUGCUGUAGGCAUCCACUUAUUUCCUGUGUCGGACGAAGAUGUGUGGUUCUAAAAUAGCCUAAUAAAUCUUUGAACCUUCAA